AUGAACCUUCUCAAUGCACUGCUGGCAUCACUAAGCAUUGAGAAUACCCGAUCUCGAACGCUCAACACAGGCGGAGGACGUGGUAGUCCACGUAUCCAGGAUAACCUGCGCCUUACUUCAGCACAACCGGGCAUCCCUCGUUACUGUUAUCCAACGCCUACAGAAUAUGAAUCUGUUCAUCUUGUCUUCUCUCCACCAAACACCUAUGGGGAAACGCUUCCGCCCACGCUCGAGGAAGCAGGGCCUAGGCCAGAAAGUUUCCAGAUUACAGUGGUUGUAAAUCCCUGCGUUUUUAUUUUCGACCGCGAGCUCCAGGAUGAUGAUUGA